CUUGCUAGGACCUCAGCGCGUCGGCCUUUUAAGCUUCCAGCUAUCCUCUCCGUUUGUUUGCCUGACCUUGGCGGGCCCAAUUAUACCUGUCUGUCUAGCACUUCCAUAGAAUGUACUUUUAUUUUCUAGCGACAUGACCUGUAGUUCACAUUAGCACUACACGGAUGGGAGAGCACUGGUGUUGCAAACGACAAGUACUUUGUUGCCCGACGACGAGGGACAGGGGCGACUGCCCUCCCAAUGGAAAAAGCUCCGCGCUCUGCCAAAAACGCAUCCAGUACUGAGGACGACUGGCUACUGGAGUUCUGGCCGGAACCAGCCACGGCAGACGUUCAGGGCCUUGGUUCCAUGCAGCAGCAGCAGCAGCAGCCGGUUGACGCUCCGCAACUGCCGGAGCUCUUACAACAGCAGCAGGGCUUGCAGUUAGGACAGUUUGGACUUCAGCCGCAGGCGGAAUACUUACCUGGCCUCGCGUUUGAAGCCUAUGGCGGCAAGUCUGGCCUCGGGCUGGGCGGGCUACUACCGGAGCACACCCGAGCCUCCACGGACGGGGCUUCCGCGCUAAUGCAGCAGCCAUCAGACUUUAUGAUGCCCAUGGGCAACGUCCCGCAACUACUGCCUCAGGGGCUUGGCACCUUGCACCAGCCGAGCUUCCCUGACCUGACGAUGAGCGGCGGUUUGGGGAUGGCCCCGGGAAUGUUGCAGGGACACUACAUUCUGCCUCCCCAGCGUGCAGCUUCAGGACCGUCUAAGAGCCGUUUGCGCUGGACACCAGAGUUGCACAACCGUUUCGUCGCAGCCGUCAACCAGCUGGGCGGACCGGAUAAGGCCACUCCGAAAGGCAUCCUAAAGCUCAUGGGUGUAGACGGCUUAACAAUCUACCACAUCAAAAGUCACCUCCAGAAAUAUCGCUUGAAUAUCCGACUUCCAGGCGACGCACUGCAAGGCGACAGCCAGGAUUCCGAGGGUUCGGAUGCAGAGGAUGCGGCGCCUUCCGCGCCCCUUGAACGCACCAUGGAAACGCCACCAACAGCGCUGGGGCCCGCUCCUGCAGCCGGCGCUGCUACUGCUGCUGCAGCCGGCGCUGAGCCAACGUUGUCCAACAACGCAGCAGCAACCGCUCGGCAGGACAGGCGGCUGACAGGGACGACUGGCAGCAGCGGAAGCGCGCCGUCGUCGACUCGUCGCAACCUGGAGGAGGCGCUGCUGUUCCAGAUGGAGCUGCAGAAAAAGCUGCAUGAACAGCUGGAGACGCAACGGCAGCUGCAGCUGAGCCUGGAGGCGCACGGACGCUACAUCGCCAGUCUCAUGGAGCAGGAGGGCCUCACAAGCAAGCUGCCGGAGCUCACCAGCCCUAGCAGCACAGCCGGUACCUUGGGUGGCAGCGGCGCCGCUGCUGCUGCUGCUGCUGCUGCUGCUGCUGCCGGCAGCGGUGGCGCUGCUGGGGGCGGUAGCAGUGCCGUUGGCGCCGCUGGGCUGCCCAGGUCGGUGUCCUCGGGCGCGCUCGCCGCGCAGCAGCAUGCGCAGCUGGUCGCGGGCAACAAACCCAAGGAGCGUGGGGGAAAGGGCGGGUCGCGCAUGGGCAUGCUACCGACCCAUGGGUCUUCGCGGCAGUUGUCAGAGUUGGCCAUGGCAUCAUCGCCGUUGCUUGCUGCCGGUGCUGCUGCUGCUGUCGGCGGCGGUGGCGCUGGAGGCCUCGGGCUGUUGCAACCACAGCAGCAGCAACAACAACUUGUGCAGGGAGCCAAGCCCGCACACUUGCUCGUUGCAUCGUCCGGAUCCUUCACGUGUACAAACCCCUACCAACCGCAUCAACCGCAGCAGCAUCAGCAGCAGCACCCGCAUCAGCAUCAGCACCCGCAACAACAACACCUGCAAGCCCUUCAGCUUCAGCAGCAGCAACAGCAACUCAUGCAACAGCAACAGCUACAUCAUCAUCAGCAGCAAUGCGUUCGCAGCAGCAGCAGUGGAAGCGGCAUGGUUCGCAAUCGCUCUAGUCACAGGCUGUCGUCUGCCGCAGGCGGCGGCGGACUCGCGGCCGCCUCCGGACUGCCAAGCAGCAUUAGCAUGAGCGGCGGGAGUUCCCUUCAGCAGCAGGACCAGCAACGGCACGAGCUCCUGCGUGCCGGCAGGCUCGGGUCGAUCCCCGCACCUGGCUCGCCGCCUGCUUCCGAAACCUUUGGCGGCGGCGCCGGCGGUGUUACCACUGGCGGAGGUGCAGUUGCGGACAUGGGCGUCGUCGUUGCCGGGGAGCAGCGAGUCCAGGGACGGUUGCCGACAUCACCAAAUGAGCAAAGCCAAGGUCACGGACCCAUGGGUCUGCCGCAACUCGGGAGGGGCUACGGCGUCGUACAUCCGCAAUCGCCGGGAGCUCUGCAACGACAUCGGGAAGCACCGCAGGGGACACUGCAGGGAGGAGGCGGAGGCGGGGUUUCGGAGCCCGGGGGACUUGUAGGCCUAAGCCACCAGCGGGCAGGGACGACGACAGGGGCUGCGGUGGGAGUUGAGACUGGCGGCGGGGCAACGCUGGGGCUGCAUGUAGGGCUUGCAGCAGGGGAGUUGCAUGCCGGCAUGUUGGGGGAAACGGCCGUGGGCGUGGGCCUGGCUCUGCCGGAUUUCGACUUUGCAGACUUUGGAGAGCUUGAAAGCGGCGGGUUGGGCGUGCACGGUGACGAGCUGCUAGCCAUGCCAGAGCUCGAGGCGGAGGCAGCAGCUGCUUCUGCGGCUGCUGCUGCGGCGGCGGCUGCGGCUGCCUCUCAGCAAGACCGGGACCGGCAGUUACUGCUGCAGCAGCAGCAAGCACAGCAACUGCAGUUACAACAACAGCUGCUUCUACAACAACAGCAACAGCUGAUACAGCAGCAGCUACAACAACAGCAGCUUCAGCAGCAGCUACAGCAGCUGCAACGACAACAGCAGCAACAGCAACAACAACGGAACCAGACUGAGGCGGGCGAGGCAAUGCGUGUGAAGCGGCAAAAGCUCGAUUCCCCGCCUGGCCCUCAUGCCUCUUGAGGGUAGGCUACGGGGGUCAGGUGGAGAUGCCAUGGCGGGGGUUAGGCGGACAAGAAGAACUGGGGGCUAGGAAAUGAAAGCUCGUAGGCUUAGACGGCGCGGUGGUAGGAUUGGAGGCCGGCACCGAUGUUAGGUUGUCGUGCAUGCAUUGGCAUGUUAGAAGACAAAAGGGGAGCCGCUACAAGUGCAGGAGCACUGGUGCUGUGGACGGUUGGGAUACGGAUCAACAUUUCUAGGUUGGGGGGACUGUAAUUCGCAACGAUUUGACGCGCUAGUAGUAUAGUGCUGGUGCUUGGCGCUUUAAGGUCCCGUGCCGAUUUCAAUUCCAGUAAUGCCGGAGGCGGUUUCGGAUUUGGUUUUGGUUCUGGUUCGGAAUUUGUUUAGGAACCGUUUCUAACAACGAAAGAUUUCGCAUGGACCUAGCAUGCGUUGGCGCAAAACGUCCGAUAGGACCUUGAACUAGCGUAAGGUAACACCUAGGAGCAGUUUGGGAACCUACAGUUCGGGUGCUUUGGAGGGCGGGCGUGUUAGGGCUAUGUAGCGGUUGGCAUGGUAGGUGGUUGUCGGCAUUCGCUGCAUGGGAUGUGUGAACUGCGCUUGCGCUCCGUCCUGAGGAUCUGAUCUGUUCUCUGGAAAGAAGUGCAGUUUUGUACUAUUGUUGUUGGUUACGGUCGUUGCUGGGAGUGUGUCGUGUCUAUAGUUCGAGCAUGCGAGGCCAUUAGUUGUGGUAAGCGAAGGGAGGCUGCGUGCGACUGUUGCUGCUAGCAGCACCACUCGGAUUGACCCGACGGGAGUGGCUUAACCACCUGAGCCCUUCUCGUGCAUUGGAAGUUGUGGAAAGCAAUGUGAAUUUCCUUGGCAAGUUAAUGGUUGUACGCCGGUAUAGUCAUAAUAUCAUACCGCCUGUUUCGGAUAAGGUCGAGCUGUGGUCCCGGAAGGGUGGUCCUCUGUGGCUUGUGUGUGUGUGUGCCUAGCGUUGUGAGUAACUGCUGCUCCAUUCUUUUGCGUAAGCUGUGCUGGGAUAUCAAUGAUCAAGGACUUUUAAGGCCUCCCUCCACUGCCCUCCCCUGCUAGGCAGUGCCGCGCAUUGAGCUUCCAUCUGCUGCAUGCAGGCGGGGGCUUUUGGCUGAAUGAACACGUAACGCCCGACUGCACGAAAGUGCCCUUCUGCUCUCUUGACGGUCGUCACGGUUUGACAGUCGUCAUGACGGCCCGCCAAGCUUUUUAACGGCCUUGACUGACGAUCGGGUGUACACUCGCCAUUGCGCCGCGUGGUGUCAGCAGGUUUUGGAGCUCUGUCCGAGGUUUCCCUUGCUGCUCUCAUGGCAGCGUUCCCAUCCCUGCUACGUACGGAAGUCCCAUGGUGUUCCAUUGGCGUCUUACCUGGCAAAAUGAGCCCUCACUUGUGACAGUGGACCCAUGCGAGCGGUUUGCCAAGGGGGGUGCUGUUGUUAGGGUUGUAUGUCGGGUUGCUUUGUUAUGAGCUUCACCGUUUCCAGGCAUAGCUGAGCAUGCGUACAUGUUUAACAGACGUGCUGUUCACGUACCUGCGCCGUGACAGCUGAGUGUGCCGGUGGCGUGGAGGGGUUAGGUAGAGAGGUUGGAAAAUGGAAACGAAUGACUUGUGUCAACGGUGGAGAGGUUGGAGAAUGGAGAUGAAUGUCUAUAUGUCUUGUGUCAACGCAACAGGAUCUUUUAUUAGCGGAUUCCAGAUGCACGCCCCGUUGGGCGGCUGAAGUGGGGCGAGUGAAGCUGAUGUUCGGGGCCACCGUUGCUUGUAAGCGUAAGCCUAG